CGGUUACUUUGGAUGCAGACCCCUUCGCUAUUGGAGAAAGAAGCCUGACAACUGCACUCUCUCUUAUCUCAAGUGAAUACUUCCUGAGGGACUCAGUUCUAUCUGUGACAAAAGCCAUCUGUAGCAAUGAGAUGAUGUCGUGGCUACAUUUCAUCUAAUACUCAGUUCCAUCUCCACAGGUAAAUGAGUUUGGACUUUCCCAUACCGAAGGUCAGAAUGCUGCCUCUCUGUCAUGCUCUAGCUAUAACUGUGGUCCAGAUCUUUAUCUUCUCAGAAAACCGGGCAUUUGCCAAGAAUAUCAACUUCUAUAAUGUGAGGCCUCUUCUCGACCCCACACCAUUUCCAAACAGCUUCAAGUGCUUUACCUGUGAAAAUGCAGGGGAUAAUUAUAACUGCAAUAGAUGGGCAGAAGACAAAUGGUGUCCACAAAAUACACAGUACUGUUUGACAGUUCAUCACUUUACCAGUCGUGGAAGAAGUACAUCAAUCACCAAAAAGUGUGCCUCUAGAAGUGAAUGUCAUUUUGUUGGCUGCCAUCACAGCCGAGAUUCUGAACAUACAGAGUGUAGGUCUUGUUGUGAAGGAAUGAUCUGCAAUGUAGAAUUACCCACCAACCACACUAACGCGGUCUUCGCCAUAAUGCACGCUCAGAGAACGUCUGGCAGCGCUGCCCCCAUGCUCUACCUGCCAUUGCUUGCCUGGGUCUUCAUGUAUCCAUUGAUAUGAUGCCAUCAUUCCUAGGAGAGGCAGAGACGAGCCCUCUGAAGCACCAGCUAAAAACUGUGUAAGCAGUGAACUUUUGAAUGAAGACCAAUCUGGCAAAGAGUAUACAUUGGACCCCAAAGGAGGAGGCAGUUGUUUUUUAGCUAAAAUGCUCCUGCAUGUGGCCAUGGGUCAGACGAAGGGGAUUUGGCCAGGACUGAGGAUAUUAUCUGGCUUCCAGGCUUCCUGAUCAAAGAGGCUGCAUUUUGUCACUUCUACAGGAAGGAUCCUGCCAGCAUCUACAACGGGCAGGUUGUAGUAGCCUGUAUUGUCCAUGCCUAACCGGGCCUUUAGCUGAAAGGACUUGUCAAUCUCAUUGACUCCUUCAGAGGCUGCUGAGUCGGACCCUCUCAUUUCUGUGACUAGCUCAGAGCAUCUCUAUGAAAUCUAACUCUUCUCCUGAUGAGAAAGUAAUUUCCCUGACAACUGUAGUCAAUGACAAAGGCAACUCUAGGAGGAAAACUUCCAUUUGAACUAAUAUGAAACCCAUUUGCUAAUU